AUGAGUUCAGUAAGAAGUAGAUCAUGGAUAGUAAUGGCGGCUGUUGAAGGCAUGAAAGAUCAUGGAUAUGCAAGAUGGAAUCAUACAAUAAGGUCCCUUCAACAAUAUACUAAGAAUAAUAUCAGAUCUUACUCCCAGGCUAAGAAGCUUUCUGGGCCAUCUUCAUCUGUAAUUUCCCAGAAUGUUAGGGAUCAUAAAUUGAAACAAUCUGAAGAAUCUCUUAGAAAAGUUAUGUAUUUAAGCUGUUGGGGACCUAAUUAAUCUUUUUCCCCUUUCGUAUAGUUGAUCAUUGUAUUGAUAUAAAUAUAGUUAAAUGAAGAUUAUAUGGUUUAAUCUA